UCAGUUAGUUCGGGUGGUAAAUGGAGUUGUUUAGAUUUUAUUUAAAUCAAAGAGUUUAAACUUAUCCUAAUAAAUAGUGUUAUAAGCUACAAAUCCAUCAUGCCGAAUGAAAUGAUAACGCUACAGCUGGGCCAAUGCGGCAACCAAAUUGGCUUUGAAUUCUGGAAGCAGCUAUGUAUAGAGCACGGGAUAUCGCCGGAAGGUAUCCUGGAGGAGUACGCGACGGCGGGGCUGGACCGGAAGGACGUGUUCUUCUACCAGGCUGAUGAUGACCACUACAUACCCAGGGCUGUGCUCUUGGAUCUGGAGCCUAGGGUCAUACACACUAUUAUGAACUCGCCAUAUGCUAAGUUAUAUAACCCAGAAAAUGUAUACCUGUCUAAACAUGGUGGAGGUGCCGGCAACAACUGGGCUUCAGGGUAUGCACAGGGAGACAAGUUGAAUGAGGAAGUGUUCGACAUCAUCAAUAGGGAGGCUGAUGGCAGUGACAAUUUGGAGGGUUUUGUGGUGUGCCACUCAAUAGCCGGAGGCACAGGCUCCGGCAUGGGCUCCUACAUCCUGGAGCACCUCUCGGACCGGUUCCCCAAGAAGCUGGUGCAGACAUACAGUGUCUUCCCCAAUUUAGAUGAAAUCAGUGACGUCGUCGUACAGCCUUACAACUCCCUACUCACCCUAAAGCGCCUCACAGAGAGCGCGGACUGCGUGAUGGUGCUCGACAACACCGCGCUCAACAGAAUCGCCAGCGACCGCCUGCACAUCCCCAACCCCUCCUUCACGCAGAUCAACACACUGGUGUCUACUAUUAUGUCGGCCAGCACCGCUACGCUCAGGUACCCCUCAUACAUGAACAACGACCUGAUCAGUCUAGUGGCGCCACUUAUCCCCACCCCGCGGCUUCACUUCCUCAUGACUGGCUACACACCACUCACGGCUGAUCAUCUGGUGCAUGUUCAGGCGCCAAAGAUCCGCAAGACCACGGUGCUGGACGUGAUGCAGCGGCUCCUCCAGCCCAAGAACAUGAUGGUUUCCCUCAGCCCGGACCGCGCCAACCAGCACUGCUACAUCUCCAUCCUCAACAUCAUACAGGGCGAAGUAGACCCGUCACAAGUGCACAAGUCCCUCCAGCGCAUCCGAGAGCGUAAACUAGCGAACUUCAUCCCUUGGGGUCCUGCGUCCAUACAAGUAGCGCUGUCGCGGCGCUCCCCACACGUGACGUCAUCGCACAAGGUAUCGGGGCUGCUGCUCGCCAACCACACGAACAUCAGUUCGCUAUUCGACCGCUGCCUCCAGCAGUACGACAAGCUCCGCAAGCGCGAGGCGUUCAUCGACGUGUUCCGCAAGGAGCCCAUGUUCCGCGACUCCCUGGACGAGUUCGACGAGUCCCGCGCCGUGGUGGACUCGCUAGUGCGAGAGUACCACGCCGCCGCCACGCCUGACUAUGUGCACUGGACGCCUGAGAGCUGUCAGCUAUAAGACAAAGAUCAGCAGAAGCGCGAAGUUUCCAAAGGUGCAAAUGAAAGUAUUCCGACUCACAAAACGUUAAUGAUCUAACCAGUGCCAUCGUAUGCAUUUAUCUCAUUAACUCGAAUAAUUAAAGACACUGUGAUUAAAUGCCAAUUGUUAGUAGCGACCGGAUUUUGAAAAUAACGUAGUCUCGAAUUGUAAGGUCUGUACAGUAACCCGUGUUCUCGUUUUACAAAUGAGCUCCUAGCCUCAUUUUAGAUAAAUUUCCAUGUGCUAAAUUGACAUUACGAUUGCCUCAAUUUGUCAUUUUAGUACACAGGAUGAUUUGGUAGUAAAUUGGCCAAUCGAACUAUCAUUUUAGUUUCUACAGUAAAGAAAGGACGCUUAGAACGAGAAAUUUCGUACAUUGACGUUUCUAUCUAUAUAGCAUGCGCAUAUAUAUAUAUAUAUAUAUUGCUGUCCCUUUCACGGCCGUAAUGUCAUUGGCUGCCGGCAUCUUCGGCGGGAAUAUAAUUGCGCGCGUGCGAUAGAGAUAGGAACAAGACGAGUCAGUGUACGACAUUCCUCGCGCCAAGCAUCCCUUCUUUAUCAAAGCACAAUAACUUAUACUAUGUGCCAUAUAAUAAUGAACAGAAGAUCUGAUCUUUUAGAAGUUUCUCAAUUUUCCAAAUAUUAUAGUUGUAGUACUGUGCGUUCAAGAUUCGUGUCGCUAACUGUAUAUGUAAAUUCUCAUUGUCUCUCUAUAGUUAAGUGUUGUUUAAUGGAUUAAACCCGUUAGGCUAAAACAAGUUGUUUUGUUUAACGACUAGGUUAGUUGCCUGUAUAAAUAAGCAUUGAAAUAAA